AUGUCGUCGGCGUUUCGUAAGUCUGCGCGAAAGGUGAAAAAGUUGCUGCGAAACGCCAUCGCGCCGACGUCGUGGAAUCUCCACGCCGGCGAUCGCGUGGUCGUGCGCGCGGGGCGGGACAAGGGACAGACGGGGACGAUCGCGCGGGUCGAUCGUGAAAAUACCCGCGUGUGGGUCACCGGGACGAAUCUGGUGAAGCGCCACGUCCGAGGCCGAGACGGACGCCCGGGAGAGAUCGUGGGCGUGGAGGCGCCGUUGCAUUACAGUAACGUCGCGAUCGCGGAUCCGGAGACGGGGGCGGCGGUGCGGGUGUGUCGAAUGUUUUUAGACGACGGCACCAAGGUGCGGGUGACGCGCGGGGCGCGGGCGAGCGGGAGCGUGGUGCCGAUUCCGGGUGGGAAAGGACGAGGGGUGCGAGCGAGUGGGGUGGGACCCGCGGAUGCGAAGAUUUCUGAGGCGAGGCGGGAGACGAGGAGUGGAUCGGGGUUGUUGGAUGUCUUGCGAGGACGCUCGGGGGGGGGGUGA